AUGUCUACUACAGUUGAAAAAAUUAAAGCUAUCGAGGAUGAAAUGGCCCGUACCCAAAAGAAUAAGGCCACAUCUUUUCAUUUGGGUCAACUAAAGGCCAAGCUGGCCAAACUGAGAAGAGAACUGUUGACCAGUGCUGCAUCUGGGAGCGGUGGUGGUGCUGGUAUUGGUUUUGAUGUGGCAAGGACCGGUGUAGCCAGUGUGGGGUUUGUCGGGUUCCCGUCGGUAGGGAAAUCGACAUUACUGUCCAAGUUGACUGGUACUGAAUCUGAAGCAGCUGAGUACGAGUUUACCACUUUGGUCACCGUUCCUGGUGUCAUUCGUUAUAAAGGUGCCAAGAUCCAAAUGUUGGAUUUACCGGGUAUCAUUGACGGUGCUAAAGAUGGUAGAGGUAGAGGUAAGCAAGUCAUUGCCGUGGCAAGAACUUGUAACUUAUUAUUUAUCAUCCUGGAUGUGAACAAACCAUUACAUCAUAAGCAAAUCAUUGAGAAGGAACUGGAAGGGGUCGGGAUCCGUCUGAAUAAAACUCCACCAGAUAUCUUGAUUAAGAAAAAAGAGAAAGGUGGUAUUUCCAUCACAAACACAGUUCCAAUGACCCAUUUGGGGAAUGACGAAAUUAGAGCUGUUAUGAGUGAAUAUAGAAUAAAUAGUGCUGAGAUUGCUUUCAGAUGUGAUGCCACUGUGGAUGAUUUGAUUGACGUUUUGGAAGCUUCAUCAAGAAGAUACAUGCCUGCCGUCUAUGUCUUAAAUAAGAUUGAUUCUCUGUCAAUAGAAGAGUUGGAGUUGCUGUACAGAAUUCCCAAUGCGGUGCCCAUUUCGUCCGGUCAAGAUUGGAACUUGGACGAACUGUUGCAAGUCAUGUGGGAUAGAUUAAACUUAGUCCGUAUUUACACUAAACCAAAGGGCCAAAUACCGGAUUUCACUGACCCUGUGGUACUAAGGUCAGACCGCUGUAGCGUCAAGGAUUUCUGUAACCAAAUUCAUAAAUCUUUAGUGGAUGACUUCAGAAACGCCUUGGUUUACGGUAGCAGUGUCAAGCAUCAACCUCAAUACGUGGGGUUGAAUCACAUCUUGGAAGACGAAGAUGUUGUUACCAUCUUGAAGAAAUGA